GGUUUUAGGUUUUUCGUUUUGGCCGUCUAGCGAGCACGAGAGAAAAGAAGUGAAUUUGAUCAAGUGGUGAACAAUCCCCAACCGGAACUUGAUUCUCGUCUCUCCUCUGAUUUGGUCUGAUGCGGACGCUUCGAUUUUAUUAAUUCUUCACAUUCAGACUGUGACACCUUGAAUUGGUCUGAUUAAAGAUGGCAAAAGAUAGUUGUUUAGCCAGAAUCACUGCCGGAGUUGCUGUCGGCGGCGCAGUAGGCGGUGCUGUAGGUGCUGUCUAUGGAACUUACGAGGCGAUUAGAUUCAAGGUCCCUGGGCUUAUGAAGAUUAGAUUCAUAGGGCAAACAACUAUCGGCAGUGCAGCAGUUUUCGGGCUUUUUCUAGGUGCCGGCAGUUUGAUCCACUGUGGAAAAUCUUAUUGAUUCCCAUACAUUGGUUUUAGUUUUAGUUUUAGAAGCACUAAAUUUGUGACCUGCCAAAGUUUAUUAGUGAAAGAUUUAUUUCUUUUUAGGAAGACGCUGAACAUUUUUUUUAUCAAGUAUUGCCCGUUAUGUGUAUCGACAUCUUUUGGAUUUGGACUAGUGACAGUUCCUUAA